GAACCUAGUGUGAUGGAGGGCUGCAUAUCCAUCUCCAGAGAGCCAAUUCCAUCAAACUCUCUUGGACCCUCCCAUUAACUGUUUGGCACGAAACAUAAGACCUCUUUUAUGUUGCCAGGGAAAGAUCAGAAAUCUUAAAACUUUCUACACUCCUGUUGAUUGUCCUAGCUGUUCGACACUAUCAUAUUUCAAUUUCUAACCUUUUGGAUAUUGCCAGCAAACUUGCUAAUCCCAGAAACUUUUUGGCAAGAGAACUGUGGCAACUAUUACAGUAUUUUGCUGUAAGUAUUUCUGUUUGCACUUGCCAUUUCUGGCUGAAAGUUUGCUGUCAGAAAUGGAUAGUAGUUUCUGUUACACUCCAGCUAAGAUGUAGCAUUCUUCAUGUUUUCAUUGGGACUUUGUUUUUGAAGAAUUUAUUGGACAUCACUACUGAUGAGGAAGUAACAAAACUUUUUUCAGAAGAAUGGACACCCCACUCAAGAAAGAUGGAAGCAAAUCCCAAGACCUAACUGAGAACACCAAAAUGGAUGGUCAACCCCAGGACUCAAACGCAGAAGCUGAGGAGAACAAAUCCAAUCACCCAAAUGAGAAGGAUAAAGAUGACAGCAAAUCUCCCAGUAAGCAGGUUGAAGAGGACAAAUCUAAAGACCUAAAAGAACAGAAUGAGGAUGACACCAAACAAUUCUUAAAAACAUCAGAACUGCAGGAAGAUACAGAAACUUCAACGUUACAUUCCUCUAGUUCAUGGGGAAGAGAAACAUCAGAUUGGAAGGAUGUUCUGUCUACCUUUCUUACUCCUGAGCAAAGCACAACUAAUUUUUCCUCCCUCAUUUCAGAACAUACCGAUACUGACGAUCUAAAGACGGCAACUUGGGUUGAAUCCCAAUUAGUGAAUCCAGAAUUGCAGUCUGAGACUGUUCCUGUAUGCAUAUGGAAGAAGCAGCCUACGGCAUGGAAGGAAGAAGAACGCCGUUUUUCCAUCCCAGCACGCAAGCCUUCCUUCCAUAACCGCUGUGGCUGCAGUACAACCGAACGAUUGAUCAAGCACAGCCCAUUGCAUCUUUCCAAAGCACCAUUUCACAAAAACAUUAUGUGGAAACAUCAAAGACCACUAUUCAGAGGACAUGAGAUCUGUACUCCAGAGAAAGGGCUUUUCAAGGCUGUGAAAAGGAAGAAAGACCACAGGGCAUUUGCCAAACCUCAGAUGCUUAGGAUGCUCUCCUCCAAAGGAAGCAACAGGCAAAGUAAAGCUAUGUACAAUCUCUACACAACAUUCUGCGAUGAGGGAAAGUACUUUGACCCAUGUCUUCUCCAUGGAGCAAAAGGACUCUCCAGGGCUUGCACCAUUUUUAGUGCCAUCAGAAGAGGAAGAGUUCACAUCAACUAUCUCCUCCUUACCUUACACACGUUGGGGAUCCUAAUGACCAAAGCUCAGAUGUUUCAAGUUCUCCAGUUUAUCCCUAUUGACGCAUAUGGCAAUCUGGAUUUUUAUGACUUUUUGGAUGUUGCACGUAACACCUUGCUCUACAUUGAUCUUGAGGCUUUCGAAAAUGUUCAGGGCAUUUUCCGAACCAUUAAAAAGGAUAUGAUAGCCAUUGAAGAACUGGAGCCAACUUUAACAUGCUUGGGGGUCAGCCUCAAUCCCCUAAUUAUAGAACAGACACUAGAACACACUACAAUUACCAAAGAUGGGAAAUUGAACAUCUCAGAAUUUCUGUCAGCUGUGAAAGGAUUAUUAAGUCAACAUUUGAAUGAGUAUGGUAUUUUGGAGAGAGGAUCUUGUCAAGACUUUCCUACUAUGGAUGAUUCUGAAGUUGAACGGAGAAGAAAUAUUUUGCUUGAUAAGGGGAUACCACUUGGUUAUGCUCAUUUGAUUGGAUUAUAUGAACCAGGUGAAGAGCUCACUAUUGACAGCCUGGAGAAGAAAGCAAAUAAAUUUCAGAAACCUGUUGGGCUAAAGCAAACCGGCAAAGCAACAGAUGCAGUUUCUGUGGACGAAAAGGACAAAAAAGAGCAAAGCACAGAAUGGCCAAAAGUUAGAUCAAAAUAUGGCUAUACAAGUCAUGAUACACUGUUUCCAUUAAGUUCCACUCUCCCACUUGGAGAAAGUAAAAUGAUUACCUCACAGACAAAGUUAAGAUUGCCAUUGAAAAAGCCCCCAAUACUACCUGACCUUUCUUUAGUUCCUCAUGCAAGCCUUAGCAGUGAAAGCAUGAAGCAGAAAAAGAAGAAGAAAAAGAAGAAGCUUUCCUUCCAAGAGGACCUCCCAACUAGGCAUGAUCUUGAUGAAGACAAACAGGAAACCGAUGCUAUGAAAGCUGAAAGUGAAGAUACAGAACUUUCAGAAGAUCUAUCAUUUCAGGAAGCCCUACAGAAUAUCUUUGAUGACAUCCAAAUGCUUAUGGAAGAUAGCAUCAAAAGUCAUGAUCUGUACUCCGCCCUGAACAAACUGGGAAUCACCAUAAGUGACGCAGAAUUCCAGAAAAUGCUACAGAAUGUAGAUGUGGCAAAAGACGGGACAGUGAAUUUCAACAGCUUCAUAUCCAUAAUGGAGAAAAUGUAUUUCUUGAGUGAAUUUGCAAUUUUGAAACACACCAUUCAAGCCAUCGACAAGAUAGAAGAAGACAAGAUGGUUCUGCAUGAUCUUCCUUCCUUUAUUAGGAAUAUGGGUAUCCAGCUACAUGAAAAUGAAUUAGAAGAAACCCUAAAACAGGUUGCUAUUGACGGUAAUGGAAAAAUAAUUGUGAAAGACUUCAUUGAAAUUCUUACCCGCAGUCCCCAAUUUAAAGAACUGACAGUGAUGAAAGAUACCAUUCAAGCAGUCAACAAUAUUAAAGAGAACAAAGUUUCUCUGAAGGACCUCAAAACCACCCUUCAGAAGAUGGGCAUUCAUUUAUACCCACAGGAAUACGAGGAUCUAAUUCAGAUGAUUCCAGCUGACAGAGAAGGAAAAGUUGACACUGGGCAAGUCAUAGAGAAGAUUUUCAAACUACAACGCUUUUCAGACAUUGAAGUUCUGAAUUAUACCAUUGAGAUUAUUAACCAGUUCAAGGAAACAGAGCUGAAUGUUUCUGAAGUGGAGAACUCCUUCAAUAAUAUUGGAAUUCAUUUAACCAAGUCAGAAUUAAUGCAGGCCACUGAGACUUCUUCAGAUUCUGUGGCUGGUGAGACCGUGGAUGUUAAAGAACUGAUAUCAGCUAUGAAGGAAACUAGACGGUUAAAAAAUUAUACUGCUGUGCUUGACUGCAUCCUAGCUCUCAAGUUGAUUAAGGAACACCAAGUAGAACGACUGAAACAUGAAAUGGGAACCCUCAGAACUAUAGACCUGCCCACGGCUAACCAGGUGAUUGGCCAAGCACUAAGGUCAGCAAACAUACCAGAAGCUGGACAGGCAAAAUUCAAUAACUUCUUGAGGAUACUGACAAAGAACCCACAACUUAAAACUUCUGCAGCUUUGGAAGAUGGUUUCAAUAUUCUGGCCAAAAUGAAAAAUGAAAGGAUUGGAUUCACAGAGUUGCAGAUGCUUAUGCAGAGCUUCAAUAUCAUCUUGCCAACAGAGGAUAUGUCAGAGGCACUGGCCUUUUGCAAUGUUGAUGAUAACAAUACAUUAAAUCUAAAAGAGUUCAUCAGGAAUGUGAUCUAUACUGAUACUUUCGUUACUAGGCCAGAACUGCAGCUCAUCUGCUUGGCCUUGAGCAAAUUCAAAGAUGACCACUUCGAUCUCCAGACUCUUCAAACCAGCCUAGACACUAUGGAACUUUUCAGGGCCAGUGAAUUAUUGAAGGAAGUGAUGAAAGUAGCCAAAGUUGACAGCUAUGGCAAGGUUAAUUUAGAAGAACUCAUAAGGGUUUUAACUGUAAUACCAGAGAUUCCAGAAGCAACCGUGCUGAUGGAUACUCUUGAUGCAAUGCAUAAUAUCAUAGACCAUGAGGUUAAUGUCAAUGACCUGGCAAAAACCUUGACCACAAUGGGUAUCAAACUGACUCCGGAUGAAAUGCAAUCACUAUGCAACUCAGUUACAGUCACUGAAGAUGGGUCAGUGGAUUUUAAUGAUAUUAUGAAAGAAAUAAUCGGUACAGAGUCCUUUGAAGAAUUUCAUGCUUUACAGAAUGCUUUCCGUAAUAUCCACAAGAUUGUAAAAGAGGACAUUAAAAAGGAAGACUUGCUGGAUGCCCUAGAAAACUUAGGCAGCCACCUGACACCUGAUGAUCUGCAAGAGGUUCUGGCAUUUGCUUCUAUUGAUGAAUCAGGGAAAGUGCAUGGGAUGGAAUUCCUAAAGGUUUUGUCCAGCAUUUCUGACAUCAGAGCAUUGCAGAAUGCCACAAAGGUUGUUGGAAACCUCAAAGAAGAGAAAAUGACUAUCAAACAGCUGGAAGAUACUCUAGAAAAUAUGGGAGUAGACUUACCUAGUUCAACAUUCAAUCAGAUAAUUCAAACUGUCAGAACUGAUGAAAAUGAUGAAGUAGAUUUCAAAGAGUUUUUGCUAGCACUGGGUGAAACAGAAGAUUUUACUGAAAUGGAAGCUUUACAGCGUGUCAUUACCAUUGUUGGUAAAAUGCAUGGUGACCAGCUAUAUACAAAUGAACUGCAGGACACUAUAGAUAAGUUGGGUCUUCAUUUGACAGAGGAAAAAAUCCAAGAAAUUUUGUAUGUUAUUGAUGUGGAUGCUGAUGGAACUGUAAAUCUAAAAGACUUUCUGAUGACUCUUCCUAAGAUGCAUUACUUCAGGGACUCUUUAGCAUUUCAGUCUGCUGUUGUGGCCUUCAGCAAGAUAAAGGAUGGGACUGUUGAUCCUGGAGAAUUGGAGUCCAUUUUAGACUUUCUGGGAGUUAAGUUGGACAUUGCAGAGUUCCAAAAUGCAUUGAAGGGUACUUCCAUACCUGGAACUGGAAAGUUCGGUUUCAAGGACUUCUUAGUCAAUGUGACAGCGAAUGAACGCUUUUCUGAAAACUCACUCCAUGGCACCUAUAGUAUUCUCUGCAGAAUGCAUAAAGAUAAAGUUGAGAUUUCUCAGAUAAAAGAUGUGCUGGCUGCUAUUGGCAUCACCUUAACCAAGGAGCAAAUGAUGGAGGCCCUGAAGAACAUGACAGUAGAUAGUGAUGGGAUGGUAAAUUUGAAAGAAUUUAUGAAGAAGUUAUCUCUCACACAGCAAUACUCUUCAGCUGCAGACAUGGAAAAAGCAGUGAAAACAUUGAAGGACAUCAGACAAGAUAAAAUAGAAUAUGAAGAGCUGGAUUCCAUCAUGCAAGCUCUUGGCCUUCAGUUAUCUCAAGAUGAAAUCCAGAAAGCACUGAACUAUGUUACCACAAAUGCUGAUGGGACAUUGAGUAUGAAAGAUUUUAUGUUUGCACUGACCAACAAUCGAAGAUUUUCUGAAGCUGAUAGAAAUAGGGUCCCUAUUAAAAACCUGAAUUCCAUUUUGAAAACCAUGGGGAUUAGUUUAACAGAGGAGGAAAUGAAGAAAGCAUUUGAGCAAGUUACAGUUGAUGAUGGAAUGGUAAACCUGAAUGAAUUCACAAGGAAUCUUAGAGUCUUGCAGGAGUUAUCUCGACCUAAGGCUGACACAGAAGAAAAAGUUGCUGUGGAAGAUAUAGAGUCUCUUUUGUCCAACAUGGGAAUGCAGUUAACCAAAGAGCAGCUCCAAGAAGCAUUGAAGAAUGUGACUGUGGAUGAAAAUGAAAAGGUGAAGAUGAAUGAACUGAUUGAGAGUGUGGUUAAGACCCAGAGACAAUCCCAAGCAGAGAUGGAUCUGAUUCAUGUCAAUAAUCUGGAUAAUGCCCUAAUCAAUAUGGGCAUUUACCUAACAGAUGAUGAAAUCAAGGAAGUUCUGAAUUCUACAACUCCAGAUGAGGAUGGAAAAGUUAAUCUGAAUGACUUGAUGGAAGGGGUGAAGAAUAUGAAGCUCAUAUUAAGUGCAGGAGGGCAAGUGGUUGAAACUGAUGAAUUGAGUUCCAGCCUGACAAGAAUGGGCCUCAAUAUAACAGAAGAAGAAACUCAAGAGGCUCUGAAGCCCCUUACUCUUGAUGGUAAUGACAAAGUGGAUAUGAAGAAUGUAUUGCAGAACAUUAUGCUCAUGAAACGGCCUUUUAAACUGGAAAGAGACAGGAUUGAUAUUCAAGAUCUGAACAGGAUUCUGACCUCUGCAGGCGUUCAACUCACAGAAGCAGAAUUCCAGGAAGCCUUGGCAACUACCCCAAUAGAUAUUGAAGGGAAAGUAAACUUAGGAGAAUUUAUCAAGUCGGUGAGGGCAGUUCAGCCAUAUCCUCAGCCUGAAGAAGAAACCAUUGCUUUUCUAGAAGAGAAGGUUGUUAUUCAAGAAGAGGAAGAGGAGAUUCCUGUUGAGGAAGAGAAAGUUGCUGCUGCUGAGGAAGAGGAAAUUCCUGUUGACGAAGAGAAAGUUGCUGCCGCUGAGGAAGAGGAGAUUCCUAUUGAGGAAGAAAAAGUUGCUGCCGCUGAGGAAGGGGAGAUUCCUGUUGAGGAAGAGAAAGUUGCUGCCGCUGAGGAAGAGGAGAUUCCUGUUGAGGAAGAGAAAGUUGCUGCUGCUGAGGAAGAGGAGAUUCCUGUUGAGGAAGAGAAAGUUGCUGCCGCUGAGGAAGAGGAGAUUCCUUUUGAGGAAGAGAAAGUUGCUGCCGUUGAGGAAGAGGAGAUUCCUAUUGAGGAAGAGAAGAUUCCUGCUGAGGAAGAGAAAGUUGCUGCUGCUGAGGAAGAGGAGGUUCCUGUUGAGGAAGAGAAGAUUCCUGUUGAGGAAGAGAAAGUUGCUGCCGCUGAGGAAGAGAAAGAGAAGAUUCCUGUUAGCGAGGAGAAAGUUGCUGCCUCUGAGGAAGAGGAAGAGAAGAUUUCCAAUGAGAAAGAUACAACUGCUGCCCAGGAAGAGGAAGAGAAGAUAUGUAUUAAAGAAGAGAAAAAUGCUUCUCAAGAAGAGGAAGAGAAAGAGAAAGAGAAAAUUGCUGCCCAGGAAGAAAAGGUUGCUGUUGAAGAACUGGGUGCCAUUUUAGCCAAUAAGGGCAUUUCUCUGAGGGACGAAGAACUGGAAGAGGCCUUGAUAAAGGCAAAAGUAAAUGUUGAUGGGACAGUGAACCUCUGUAACUUUUUCAAGGCAAUUCAUGAGAUUCAAGGGCCACCUCCAGAUGCAACAAAAAAGGAUGAAGGCUUAGAAGAGCCAAAGGGAGAGAAAACCGUUCCAAUAAUCUCCCAAAUAACAGAAAAUAAAGUUGAUAUUGACAGCUUGGAUGAAGUCUUGGAAGAAAUGGGAAUCUAUUUAACCAACAGACAACUAUAUGAGGCAUUUAAACACAUUUCAAUAGAUGAUGAUGGGAUGGUGGACAAGAAAGCAUUUAUGACAAGUGUAAAUGCCAUUUUGAGCAACCAGCAAAAAGACGAACGAGUAGAUGUCAAUACAUUGGACUACAUCCUAGCCGAUAUGGGCCUUUACCUAACAGAGGAAGAGAUUAAGGAGGCUCUAAAAAGGAUAACCUUGAACGAUGAUAUGACUGUGAAUUUGAAGGACUUCAUAUGGGCUGUUGAUGACAUCCUCAGUAGUCAAGAAGAACAAGAGGAUAUUAGCAGCUCGGAUGAUACCUUGGGAAGUUCAGACAUCUUCUUAACCCCAGAAGAAGAGCAGGAAGAUGAAACUGUAAGUUCAACAGACUUUACAAACAUUUCUGGUGACAGUCACACCUUCUCUAACUCAUCUUCUCUCGAAACAUAUCCAAAUAAAAUGCCAGAUGCAAAGAUGUUCAAGUUGCCCAGGAUGGUGGAGAAGUCAUUUCUCCAAACACCAAACAGGGUUUUCCCUUCUGUAACUUUCAACGAAGAGGCCAAAUCCAAAGCAGUAAAGAACCUGAGUAAGCCACAGCUAGAAGCCUUCCGGACAGCUUAUGAUGCAUUCAGAAAGGACCUUGAUGGGAUAAUUGAUCAGGCAGCCCUAGGGACCACAGCCCAUAGUUUAGGAAUCAACUUAACAGAGGAGGAAGUUCUUGACGAACUAGAAUGUGCUGACAUGGAUGGAGAUGGAAAAGUAAAUUUCACAGAUUUCCUCAACAUCAUCACAGAUACCAAGCGAUUCAUGCAGGCCGUAGCCCCUAAGAAAGAUGACAAAGAGACUGUUGAUGCCCGAGGAAUCUUGUUCUUUGAGCUCUUGUCAAAGCUGGUGGAAUCAUCUAAACUGCCAAGACAUACUACUACGACUAUUGUCAGCUAUUAUCGCCAAAAGUUCCUGGACUGUACGGGCAAGAGAAUGCAACCUGAUAGCAAGACAGCAAAACCUUCUGAUAAAGAAAAGUUACCCAGAACCCAAUCUUCCCCUAUUACUGCCUUUGCUGGUGCUGCUCGCAUCUGCAUCAUGAACGAAAAGGAACUGGAAUCAUACGUAGCAAAUCUCCAAAAAAAAGUUAACCCUUCAGAGAGUCCCUAUAAUCAAGUGCCUAUCUUUCCCUUGAUCCCUAACCGGGAUGUCUUGGUGAAAGGGAAGCCAAUGAAGGAUGUCCAGAAGCUGGAUGUGCAAAGGAAAAUGGUGCCCCUCUCCUCCUUUGAAGACCAUUUCCUCCAUAAAAAGAGGUGGAUAAAGCAGAUACCCAAAGCUGCCAAGGUUUCCAAACCAGCCCUCUCUCUCUCUCCAGAGCUAAGUCAGAAGCGUUUGACUAUGAACGACGUGAGUGAAAUCCGACAAGAGGUCAAGAAAGUGACAGGCUCCUAUCGGAAAGCAAUGGCUCUCCGUGAACGCAACAAAAUGCUGAAGCUGUGGAAGAGACUACGUGGUGGAGAGAUUGGACUGGAGACCAACAACCCCAGUUUCUACCAGAUCUUCUCCACGUACACCUGGUCAUGGAAUGUUUUGCAGGACCUGGUGUCACCCCGAGAACUUCAGGAAUAUGAUAAAAAACAGUACCAACGUGUUCUCCGGCCAGCCACUCCUAUAGAUAAACUAAUCGGUACUAGUGGGAAAUCAAAAAGAAGUCAGAAGUAACACCAGAUGUUGCAACCAGUGCUCCUCCUUUUAUGUGAAUGCAUUCCCUCGAUCAAUCUCAGGCUGGUAUGCAGGUCACACUUUCUAUGAGACAUAGUGCAAGGUUUCAACUUUGUACCCUGGCUAAUACAAUGAAAAAUUAAGCUUCAAGAGGCAAA